UUUUGUUGUUGCAGGAGGAAAUUUUGGAAUGGCGGGAACCAUGUGCUCUUGUAUUUGCUUCCGAGAAUGCAUUGAUACUGCAAUUUGGGGAAAGGGGAUGCUGAUUGCUAUGCGCACACCUGAUGACAGAUCUUCUGCAGAGAGUAUCUUAGGAGGAAUCAACUGCAAGACAGUGGGCUUUCUUUCAGGGCAAAGGUGGUCAGACAACUCAGUGUAUGAUGUUGGACGCAGGCCUGGUUCCGUCAACCGAUAUAGAGGAGGAUGAAGAAGUGAGGGGAAGAAAAGCGUCAAGUAGAGGAGGUAAAGAGAGGGAAGGAGGUAUGGAAGCAAUGGCGGGGAGCUGCCUGCCUAUGGAGUGAAAGAAAUCUGCAAAUGAGAUUGAACAGAGGAGUGUAUAGCAGAGGUAGGGGAGAGACUGAGAGAAGGUGAAACAGGUCUGAUAAGAUUGAGGAAACACAACAGAGACAUGGCUGGGGUGAGGAGAGAUCACCGGGAUAUGGGCAAAGAGAGUAGAUAUGACAGGGCGAUCAGCACAGAAAAGAGUGAGUGUGGUGCAGGGAGAGAAAAGGGAGAAGACAGAGGGACUGGGAGAGCGGAAAGAGGUAACAGAGACACAUGGAGAGGAAAGGAAGAUGACAGAGGCUUGGGGAGAGCACGAGACCUUAAGGACAUUAGGAGAUCGGUGGGUGGUGACAGAAACAUGGAGAGAGGGAAGGAAUAUGACUGGAUCGGUCACAAAGAGCGAAGUGAGGAGAGGGAUAGAGAGAGGGAGAGGGAUGAGAGGGACAAGGAGAGGAGAUUGAGGAGGGAUGAAAGCGAUCAGAGGAAUGAGAGGAACGAGAAAGAUGAGGAUAAGGAGUGGAGGCAAAGAAGGGACAGGACUGAGAUUGAUGAAAGGGAUGAGGAGACAAGACGGAGGAGGGAUUGCAGGGAUGACAGGGAUAGCAGGAAUGAAAGGGAUGACAGGGAUGGGAGAGACAUGGGCAAGCAUUGGAAGCAAAGACGGGACAAAAGGAGUGAGAGGGAUGAUAUGGACAGGGAGAGGACAUGGAGGAGGGACGGAUGGGAUAAAAGGGAAGACAAGGGUAGGAGAAACGUUGACAAGGAGGGGAUGCGAGGAAGGGAUGAGAGGGAUGGGAUGGAUGAUAGGGAGAGGGAGAGGGCACGGAGGCGGGAUCAAAGGUGUGAGAGGAAUGAGAGAGGCAAGGACAUGGAUUGGAAGAAGGUAAAGGAAGAAGGGAGUGACAGGGACAAGGAGAGGGAGAAGGAGAAGGAGAAGAAAGCUAGCAGGUAUGAGAGGGAUGAUAUGGAUGAUGGAGGUGACAGGGAUAAGGAUAGGAGAGAAAGGAGGUAUGAGAGGAAUGGGGAGGAUGAAACUGAUAAGGGGAGAGGAACAAGGGCAAGGAGAGGAGAACAGGAGCUGAUAGGUGGGAGCAUGGAUAAAGUGAGAAUAAGACAUGAGAGGAGCGAGAAAGAUGAAAAAGUUAAGAAGUUGGAGGAGAGACAGAGAAGGAAAGACAGGGAAGGGAAUGAACAGAGCAAAGACGAAGAGGUGGAAGUGAGACAGCCAAUGGCACAAGUGAGACAGCCAAUGGUGGCGCAAGAAGCAUUGGGAAGAGGAAAGUUGGUAGAUGACAAGGGUAGGGGAAGGGCACGUAGAGAGGUUGCAAAUAAUGUGUUGGAUGACCCAGCACUGGAUUUCUUCUCCCCAGAGUUUGACGCACUGAAAGCCUUGAUGACCCCUGGGCUGCAGCCUCCCAACCCACAAGCACACCCACUAGACAACCUGCAAAAGUGUAAACACCUCCUCCCUCAGGAGAUCAAGACAGAUGGGGACAUUGCUCCUUGUCGUCCUCAUCGUGCGACUGAUGCUCGGAGCAAGGAAAGUUUGCAGGCACAGGCUCGUGCAAAGGCACACCAGUCAAGCCAUGCAUAUUUGCUGGCCAAAAAAGCUGCAAAACAGGCCAAGGUUCUUGAUGCAAUUGCUGACAAAAUGAAGGGUGGACCGCUAGAGAUGCUGGCACGGUGUUACUCAGACAAAGGGAGAGUCCAGGUGUGGACGAGGCAUGCUAAAGGCAUACGCGGCUCCUGCAUUGGGUUUCUAGAGGCAGUUGACAAGCAUAUGGAUAUGGUGUUGAGGGAUGUCGAUGAAACAUACCAUGUUUUGACCCAUGUGCCGCGGACAGUCACGGUUCGUGUCCGCGUGAAACCAAAGCCACAGCCCGACGCUGCCGAAAAGGACAAGGCAAAUGUUCCUGCGCAGGCAGACCUCUCCCCUCUGCCGGAGCAACCUGAACAUGAGCUCCCCAUCUGCAGCAUCGAUGAUGUCUGUGCACUCUGGGAUAGCACUGAGGGUAAAUUGGGUAAUUCACUUCUUGACUCAUCAAUGGGGUGUGAGAAGGAAAGUGGCAGUGGAGGGGAAGGUGAUUGGGAGCAGGUGCAAGAGUACGAAAGGCAGAAGGAGGGAGCGCGUAGCGAAGCAGAGGGAGAAAAGUUUAGUGAGAUAGAGGUGGGUGAAAAAGAGGUGGAAGAGCGCACUAGCCACAAAAGGCAGCAGGAGGGAGCGCGUGAUAGUAGAGGGGGAGAAGAGGUUACUGAGGACGGGCCAUCGAAGGAUGACAGAUCAGUCCGAAGGACUUCGAAAAAUGAGGUGGAAGCUGAGAAGGAUGGCAGCUUUGGUGCUAAUAAAGAAGAUGAGGUGGAGGUACGGACGGAGCAGAGAGUGAAGUACUUUCGCAAGCUGGAGCAUCGACGGCGUCACUUGAAACAAGUGUUCAUUCGUGGGGACAGCGUCGUUCUCAUACGUGUUGAGCGGUGGAGGACGUUGUGCACUGUAUGCCGGCUUGCCCCAAGGCAUGGCAGGUGUGGAGCAUGGUAUAACUCCAGUGCAGUCAAGUGGCAAACGUCCUCGUCCUCGUUGUGCACACACAUUUCUUGCUGCGUAAACAUCAAGACGGAGUUUGACAUGCAGAGGGAAGCCAAAGGUCUGGCUUCUUAUGCUCAUGGGGCGAUUGCACAGACAACAAGUUGGUGUUGCUGCUGGAGCUAUGGCGGGGAUAGCUCCUUGCCUUACGACGAUGCAGCUUUGUAUUCAGGAGAAGUCCGCAGCGAUUUCGUUUGCCGCGCUGGAGCAGAUGGAGGUGGUGGCGGUGUUUCAUCAGGCUGCUCCCCCAUCCACAGCUCAGAUCUGUCCUUUUCCCAUACAGCCGUGAAACCAGUUGUGGGCAUGGAAAUGGCAUCAGAAACUUCGUCGGAUUCUCAGGAGUUUGCAGAAAUCUCGGACCAGCUCGAAAAGCCGGAUCCUGUUGCAGAUCCUCCUGGAAUUGACGAUGACGCAGAUCACGAACGCAGUUGCGACACUGUGCUCAGACCUACUGUGAGUGCCACAGAAAGAAUGCAAGAGGAACGGGUCUAUCAGCUCUCGUCUGUGAGGCACCCACCUGGCAAUGCCACCAUGUCUGUGCGGUCCCGCUCCCGACCUGGCAGCCCGGUUUCAACAUUGUCUAUGAACAACAUGCGCAAUGGACUGGAUCCGUACCAUGCCAAAAUGCUAGUGCAAAUUGAGCGAUUUCGGUACUUCCAUAUCAGCCGCCAUGGAGCUUUUGUUGUUUGCAUGAUGCAGCCAGAGCACACGUUUGCGACAACGGAGCUUUUGACGGAGUCGUUUGCUGAUUACCUGGGCAUCUUCAGCUAUGGACCCUUCCUGAGAGUUCAGAUUUCAAACUACCUCCAAGAACGGUACAUGUCGGUUCCGUAUGGCGUGUGCUUGGUUAUGCUCCGGUUUCCUUCAUGGAAAGGUAAUCAAAUGGGUGGAAAAGAGAAACAGGAGCUGGAGGAGCAGCUUGGGAGGGGGGCUCCUCUGACUCUCGUCGGCACUGUGGAGCUCUCGUUCUCGAGCCGAUCAAGGGCUCCAUUUCCAACGCUUAAUCCGCCUGUCAAUGCCACAUAUUUAUGUAACAUGGCUAUCGAGGUGGAGUACCGGGGCUUAGGGUUGGGGCGGGAGUUGCUGAAAGCAGCAGAGCAACUUGCAGUGCAGCUGGGCAAGACUGAAAUUUUUCUCCAUUGCCGACUGAUGGAUCACGUUCCCUACAAGUUGUACUUGCGUGCCGGCUAUGCUCCCGUUGCGCAGGACAACUUGUUCGCUCUGCUGAUGUUUCAGCGAAGACGAUGUCUGAUGAGGAAGGCAUUUCACAGUCCAAAAGACGGAAUAACGACACAGGUCUCGACAAAGGGUCGGUAGAGCCGCUGUGUUUUGUUUUUUUGAUGGGUUCGGCAUUCCGCCUACUUCCUAUACGAGUCAUGCUUGACUGCAGGCUACGUUCUCCUACUGUGCCGUACAACUUGUUUUAGCGGCGCAUUGCUGACGUCUCAGAAGAGAAGAGACGGGGUCGGACGAGUGUCAGGCUGUCAACAGAGGCAUUUCAUAGACCCAGUUGAGGGCGUAUGUCGAGCCGGGAAGAAGGGAGGAAGUUUUUAGGAGUCAUUGUGACUUUGGGUUUCUGCCUCGUUCGUACCUGAGGAGGAAAGGAAUGGGCUCGAGAGGUGAGUUUGCGGAUGGCGCAACUGAUGAGAAGAGGGGAAUGGUCAGAGUCUUCAGGCAGAACGUCGCACAUUCUUGCUGUGAAGAAGUGCAGACACAUGGGGGUUAUGGGACAACUAAGCUAUGGGACAGGGGCUCAAAAGCGUUGGACGAAAAGAGAUGGAUUUGUUCUGAGGAUGAAGUGAGGUAGUAGCGGGCAUGAUCGCAGUGGCGGUGAGACUGGAGGGUAUCACCGCAAACUUCUAGUUCAGUGACUGCUUGAUGACAGACUGAAGGAGCAACUGAGCAGGCUGAGGACCUGGUUCCACUUGAUGCUGUUCUGUCUGAACUUGGUGUGAAUCUGAUCCACAAAUCGGACCAGGCUCAUGUGGAGACAGCAAAUAAUUGUACCCCAGGGGACCCACUCCACCAUUGUAGGGGACAAAAUGAAGUUGCCUCUUUUGGCAAGUCAUUGCCUCCUGGCCUCAUGCCAUGAUCGCUUUCUGUAAACAUAAACAGUUCUCUGGAAGCAGAGUCCACUAGCGGCAACUUCUCUCACAAUCAUCAGGAGCACAGUAUUGAGGGGUCGUUCGAUGGAAGUGGAUGGACGUGGAUGGACGUGGAUGGACGUGGAUGGAUGUGGAUGGACGUGGACGCAGGUGGAUGGUAAGGAUUAUUUCACACAAGUGGACCGAUGGAUGAUGAAUGGGCCUUUAUGGGUGUAUAUACCCGGGACAGAGUUGGAGGGGUGGAUGAGGAUGGAUAGGUAGGGGCGGAUGAGAGGGACGGACGACUGCACCUUCAGCUUCAAUUUUCCUAGGACAGUUUGACAAGUGGAUGGAUGGAUGGAUGGAUGGAUGCAUGAAUGGGUUUAUGGAUGUAUACACGGGUCGGAGAUGGAGUCAGAUGAGGAUGGAUAGGGCUGGACGAGAGGGCUGGACAAAUGCAGCUUCAGGCUUUAGCUUCGAGCUUGAACCCCAAGGAAGGUAUUUUUUAGAGGAAUGGACAAAUGCAGCUUCAGGCUUCAGCUUCAAGCGUGAACCCCAAGGAAGGUAUGAGAUGAGCACAGAUGGCAGCCUUUUUUUUUGCAAGGCAGUCAACGCCAUUGUGGAGAGUAUAAAGCGGCGGCGUUAGCUUCGAUCUUUGCAACGUCCAUGUCUCAGAAGAAGGUAGGGAACCGAAUGUUGUCGAACCUUUUUUGAGGGUGUCUUGACCCUCUUCGGAGGGAGAGGUGGGGAAAUGACAUUGAAUUCGCAAAUUAAUAUUCAUUCAUUUUAUCGAUUGUACGCAAGGUUGGGGCACUGGAACAGGAAAGAGAUGCGCAAAAGAAAUGCUUUGUAAUCAGUGCAAUUUUGCAGGCUUAGUUCUUCUCUUCCCUGUGCCUGUUCUUCUGUACACUUUCACCAGCAAAAAGAAGAGAAUGUGCUUAAUCCAUGCCAUUGCUCAGUCUCUAGUUUUGCACUACCUGUUUCAACCUUACAAGAUUAUAAGAACGUCUGAGUCAAAGAAGUUGGUGCUUAUGUGCUUUUCUG